CACAAAUUCUGGCGGCAGAAAAAAAAAAAGGAUAAUUCAAUCCAGGGAAGAAAAAGAAUCUGCGGCCAGAAGCAAAAAUGGCGCUCCUUUCCUCUUCUCCUUCCCCGGCAAUCCCUCCCCGUCUCUCCUUCUCUCGCCGGAACUGUUUGCCUCCGCCGCACUGCCGCCAUUCCUACAACCCCAUCUCUUCUUCUUCUUACCGCUUUCCCCGCCUCCGACCAACCGCAGCAGCAGCUUCCUCCGAAGUAUGUUCCCCUCACUCGCUCGACAAGUCAACCCUCUCAAUCUCCGUCGCCGAUUCCGACGACGAGCUCUGGGCAGCCGCCCGCCUCCGAGUUCGAUCCUUCUACAAGCUCAAUUCGUCGUCUUUCGGCAUUGAGGAUCAUAAGAAGUACUUAGCGGAGCGAGAAUAUGAAGCGAUGAAGGAACGCAUUGAUGGGUUGCGGCCGAUGUUUAGAAGGGUGUCCUGCCUCAAUGCCACUCUCCCUUUGUCCCAAUUCACUGAGUUUUUCGAAGAUUUCUGCGACGAAUGUAAGUAUACUGACAAUGGAGAAGAUCGGGUGGUGGUUGGAACUCUUGAUCUCAAUCAAUGUCUAAGACUUCCCGAUGAGAUAACCGGAAAGAGACCCGAGGGGAUUGGAGCUGAUUUUGCCAGGGCAUACUUGAGCAAUGUAUGUGUAGCCAAGGAGCUUCACCGAAACGGGUUAGGCCGAGAACUCAUUUCCAAGUCUAAAAUCGUAGCUCGGGAAUGGGGCAUUUCUGAUAUGUAUGUCCAUGUAGCCGUAGACAACGAACCGGCUAAGAAUCUCUACAUGAAAAGCGGGUUUACUUAUGAGAACGAUGAGCCGGCGUGGCAAGCCAGGUUCCUAGAUCGCCCUCGUAGGCUUCUCUUGUGGUUUGGUCUGUCAGAUCUACAGGACUGGUUGGUAUGAUCAUGUAAAGAUUCCUCCCUUUGUCUUCCACAACAUUGUGCACAUAUAAAGAACAUCUAGAAUUUGUAUCUAAGAGAACUAGCUUUGAAACUGUAUAUUAUUACAUCCUCAUGUUGUACUCCAGCUGAUACAUGAUUCUUGAUUAUUUUUCGUAUUUAAAUCCGCUCAUAGCAUACAAUAUCUUUAUCGAUGGUUAAGUAACUAGUUGAUCUCUCUCUCUCUUAUUCUGGUAGGAACUUCAACGUAAUUAUCAUUGUCUGCAUAUGCCGUGCAGAACUUCAUUAGAUCCUGCGACAGAAAAGCUGUAAUUCGUCAAGCAUCCCUACUUGUGGGUUGGUUAAACUGUAUAGCAAGUAGUAACACAGAUGUUAUGGUACUUACGGAUCAUAUGCAACUCGGACUUUCCCAGCAUCAGGAUUAGCGAUCCUCGAGAACGCACCUCGAGAGAGGUUGAGGUCGCCGGUGCAGGCCUUGCAGUAAUCGACGACAGUGACUAUAAUGGCUGCAGUGGUGGUUUUGCAGGCAUUGCGGACUAAGUUUGCAGGGCCAACGCAUCUGACUCUGUAUCUCCUCCCACAAGCUCGGCCGUUAUUCCAUAGCUUGUCGCUCACCCCAACUAUCAUGUCUCCCUUGUUCUGGUUCCCGUAGCAGGCUGAAGCUGUAACGUUUAGACAAGAAAAAAGACUCCAUCAGAAACAUUCAACUCGCUUCUGAGUUCUGAUGAAAGAGGGAAGUGGGUAUCUACGAGUGUUCUUGAGGUGGAAGACGGCCAGGCCUUGGGCAGCUUCUGUGGUGUCUAUGAGACAGAGGAGCAACAACAAUCCCACCAUUGUUGUCGUGAUGGUGAGCUUGGUGAUGGUGCCAUGGUGAUGCUGCUGAUGCUCCAUUUUGUAUUUGAUCGAGAUCGAGUAAUUGGUGAAUUUUCGGUUUUGUGGGUUUUCAAGCUUUGCUUGAUCCCAAUUUAUAGAAGUAUACAGUCAAAGUU